AUGCAAUACGAUUUCGUUGAUGAUUUAACAGAAAUUGCAAGUUUUGAUGGUUUAGAAACGAAAGAAAAUAUGCAUUUAUAUCAAACACAUCAACCACAAGACAGUUUUCUUAAAUCAACAAUAUCUAAUAGUAAUAUGAUAACAACCAGUGAUAUUUGGCAAACUUCAUCAUCAAAUAGUAAUACAAUAAAUCAAUCAUUUUAUUUCCCAUCUUCAUUUGAUUUUAAUAAUACAUCAAAUUCAAAUCAAUAUCAUACAAUGGAUAAUAACAAUUACGAUUAUAAUUCAUUACCUGAUGUAUCAUCAUCAUCAGCAUCAGCAUCAACUUACUUAAUGGAUCCAUAUUCACAUAUGUUUACCAAUAAUUAUCCAAUUGAUCCAUAUUCUACACAAACAUCAUAUAAUUCAACAUCAAUGGAUUAUACAUCAUCAACAUAUUUAUCAACAGCAACAGAUUCAUAUCAACAUCUUCAUCCUAUGUAUACAAAUACAAAUGGGAUGACUAUUCCACCUGCUUCAUCAUAUCUUUCAUCAUCAUCAUCAUCGUGUAUUGAUAUUCAACCUGAUUAUCAAUCAACAAUGUCACAAUGGGAUUCGACUAUGAUUAAAAUGCGUACACACGAUGUCACAUCAGCAUCGAACUCUAGCAAUAGUAGUACUAGUGCUAGCAAACAACCAUGUCUCGUAUGUCAUGAAGAAUCAUCCGGCUAUCAUUUUGGUGCAUAUACAUGUGAAUCGUGCAAAGCAUUUUAUCGACGAGUGACGAAAGAUCCACGUAUUGAAAUUAAACAUUCUUGUGAAGUUCCAUUACCAAAUAUAACAAAAUUAAAUCGAAAAGAUUGUCGAGCAUGUCGUAAAGCUAAAUGUGAUCGAGUUGGAAUGACAGCCAUGCCUAAAGAUCGUGCACCACGAACAACAACAACUAAAACAACAACUUAUAAAACUCCAACAAUACCUAUAACAGAUCUUCUUGAACAACUUGCUCGUGAUCUUACCUAUGAUCAAUUAUCAACUUCGUCAGCAUUAGAAAGUCUUCUUCGUAUUAUUGAUUUACCACCAAUUCUUCCAAUAAAUAUUAAUUAUCAUACAAUUUAUAUGAAUGCUGUUCGUAUAUGGAGAAAUCAAUAUAAUCAUCCAUUACAAAUUAUCGCUGAUGCAUCAUUAAUGGAUACAUUUCCUGUUCUUCUCUUUCUUUUUCAUAUAUUUAUAACAAUGACAGAAAAUGAUGAAGAUAAAUCAACAAAUAAUAGUAAAUUUAAUAAACUUGUUAAUAUACUUCAACAAGAAAUUCAUCGUAUUACCGGUACAGAUCAUCGAUCUGCUUCACGUAUAAAAGCUUUAUUUAUGAAGUGUUAUGUUGCACUUGCUCAAUAUCCAAAUAGUACAAAUCUUCUUGAUGAUAAUAAUAGUAUAUCUCAAUCACAAUUUUUAUCUUAUCAACCAUAUCCAGUCUAUGGACAAUAA